AUGGGCUCCGUAGUCCUCCCCCACCUGCGCACAGGCUGGCACGUCGACCAAGCAAUCCUCUCGGAAGAAGACCGCCUAGUCGUGAUCCGCUUCGGUCGUGACAGCGACCCAGACUGCAUGCGACAAGACGAAGUGCUGUACAAGAUCGCCGACCGGGUGAAGAACUUCGCCGCGCUCUACGUCUGCGAUCUCGACGAGGUGCCCGAUUUCAAAGCCAUGUACGAGCUCUACGACCCUUGCACCGUCAUGUUCUUCUUCCGCAACAAGCACAUGAUGUGCGAUUUCGGCACGGGUAACAACAACAAGCUGAAUUGGGUGCUCGAGGAUAAGCAGGAGUUGAUUGAUAUUGUCGAGACGGUGUAUAGGGGCGCGAAGAAAGGGAGGGGUCUGGUCGUCAGUCCCAAGGAUUAUAGUACGAGAUAUCGGUACUAG